AGGUGGCGCUAUCACCCGGGCACGCUCGGAUCACUCGUGUUCACCCCCGGGACUCUCCGGGUGGGUUUUAGAGAUCACUUUAAACAACAACACACGGUAACAGUCAUGGAGCCCAGACACGGUGUGGGAAGAGUGUUAACCAUGGAAACGAUAUGGUUACAGAGAUCAGGUCCCGAGAUACCGUGGGGAUUUCGGCUUCAAGGGGGUAGGGAAUACGGGCUACCUCUUUCUGUUCAAAGGGUUACCCCCGGGAGCGUGGCAGCUAGCGCACUCGGCCACGGUGACGUCAUCGUGAAAAUUGGCAACACCAACGCAAUCAACUUGAGUCAUUCGGAAGGUCAGGAACUGAUCCUAACGGCGGGCAAUUUGCUGCAGCUCACGAUUAAGAAAGUGGCCGUACCAGCAAGUCCCGGACAGACCAGCUACGACAGCCAGGUAUCGGCUCAGCUUUACGACUUCACCCAGAGGAAUGAGCCGCAGUCGUAUCUGAACCAGCAGCCCGCGAUGAACUCGACGGACGUGUACAGCCGACCGCAGCACGGACGGACGCCGUCUCUGCCCACGGAGACGUACAGCAACAGGGGCUAUCAAGACGCGGACUACUCGCCUCAGAAGUACACACCAAAGAGUCCAACCUAUCCCGACUACACAGUCGGAUACGGUGGCGAUCCCUACAAAUUGCGGGCUCACUUGACUAGCACGUCGAACUCCUUCCAGCCGUCGUACGUACCUGCGUAUGAGGUGGGCAGUUCGAUGUCCCUUCCCAGGGACGUGGGUCAGGGAUCGCGGACGGGGUCGUAUCAGUCUCCGAAUGUGCAGCAGCAGCAGCAGCGUCAGUAUGAGCAGCAAAAUGUGCCAAAUUAUUCAAACACUUACAGUCCCUCUUCCUCGCAGUCUCAGUAUGAUUCGAGGGACUCUAGGAUUUCAGAUGGUUAUUAUCGAUCACCUGGACAGCAACAGCAACAGCGACAACAGGAGCAGACGUUCAGUCCCACGCCUGCUUCUUCUAGGAAUGUCCCUAAUUACACAACUGGAUCAGCCACAACGAAUUUGUACGAAAAGGAUUCGUACAGGAGUCCAGAAUUUUCGAGCUACCAGCAGCAGAGAGCCGCUCCACAGCCUUACCAAAGUCCAGUGUCUUCGUCGCAGUCUUAUCAGAGUUCUAUAGCGUCCAUCAACGUUGAUAAUAGGAACUUGAUUCAGCAGAGUCAGCCUUACCAGCCAGUCCCAGUUCAGACGCAGCCGGAUUAUGGUAGAAGCUCGAGUAGAGAAUACCAGUCUCAACAUGAGCCACCGGCAUUUGCCAGGAGUCACAGCAAGGAGUACCAGCAGCCAGAACCUGCAGUUUACAGCAGAAGCCAAAGCAGAGAGUAUGAACCUCAGACUGAUUAUGGUGUGUAUAACCGCAGUCAAAGCACGGAGUACAACAUCCCACAACCCAUAGAUAGCUUCCAGAGUCAAAGUCGCGGCUACCAGCCCUCACCACAGGACAUGUAUGGCAGAAGUCAGAGUCGCGAAUAUCAACCAGACUCCACGGAAGGGAUGUACAACAAGAGUCAAACCUACCAACCGGAGCCCGUGACGUACAGCAAGGAGUCGCACCCUACGUCACCUUACUCUAGGACAAACGAACCGCCUCAGUUUGGUGAUAGUUACACUAAUGCUCACGAUUUCACCGUCCAGUCGAGUCCCUCACAGCAACCACCUUACGGCCGACAGUCCAGCCGAGAAUCGCAGCCAGUGUCCUCGUAUUCCACACCAAACCAAGCUCCCCAGUACGACAGCGGCUUCAGUACCACGUAUUCGCCAACGCCGCCCAAGAGUCAGACGUCAGACUUGUAUAGUUAUAGUUCUCCAUAUUCAACAGAGACAAACAGGAGUGACUCGCAACCGGCAAAGGAUGGAAGCUACACAACGUUCAGUCCUGCAGCAGCAGUUGCUGUUUCCCCCGACAUGGAUCCAUUUGCUGAAGUUAGCAAAGAGCUGGAGGCGCUGUCCAUGUCGCUCGGGACGCCGACGCGUGAAAAGGUACCUGUGUAUGAGCCAGUGGCAUCGCCACCGUCGCCGCCGCCGCCACCCGUCGCCCCACCACCACCUCCUCCACCGCCACCACCUCCGCCACCUCCGCCUCCUCCUCCUCCACCGUCAUUUGUGUUGCCUCCAGUCAGAAGACCGGAUUUCCAGACUCGGGAUGACCAUCAUGAACAGCCGAGUGGUGGACAGAAGGUUCCAGACGGUAUUUUGAGCGCCAUGAACAAACCAGGAGCAAAGCCAUUCUCCUACGGAAUUGACCUGGCGGAACUCAAGGAGAAAACACAGAAACGAGCACCAGCUGUUGCCCCGAAGAAAAAGAAACAAAUGGAUACGCCACCCACAAACGAAAACGUCGCGCCCAACAGACAGCAGUUCGUCGCUACAGGCCCGGUGGCAGCAAGCUACAACAAGCCUGUGGCCAAGCACAUCAUCGAGUCGGAGACGUAUCGCAUGAUCCACGCCAACGAGAGCGCCAAACAGCCAGUCGUGGAGCACGAGCCGGUCUCGUACCAGCAGGGAUCGAAACCCAACAAGCAGUCCAUGUCGUUCCGGGUGCUGCAGUGGAUGACGGACACGGAGAAAGAAGAGGCAGAGAGAGAACAACAGGAAGAAAAACCACGGCGUCAGCGUAAUCGACUGUUGCGUCAUAACUCGGAGGAUGACGAAAUGAGGUUCUCUGGACUGCAUCCGAAAUCUCAUAUUCCAUCAGGGUCGUUCCAAAAGCUGAAACGUUACACGGGAUCGGACAGUGAUACCUCAACAGGACAACGGACGGAGGAGAACCAAGAGUGUAAUGAAGAAAAGAGUGAUGGUGUCGGGCAUUAUGACGAGACUUCUAUCAGAUAUAUGGGCAAACACAUUCCUUCUCCUUCCUUCCGGGUUCUGCAAUCUUGGGCAGAGCUGGACACCGCUGUCGACCAGCCGAGUACGAAGAAGAAGGAUGAGGAUUCCGAGGACGAUGGUUUGCCAGACACACUGAGCAGCGACGAGGUGGUCGACGUCCGAUACAAGGGGGGACACAUACCCUCGAAAAUAUUUAAAUCUCUCCAGAAAGCUGUUGGUGAUGACACACCGGAAAAUCCAGAAGAUAAUCCACCAACAGUAGUAAAUUCUCAAAAUGGAGUUGAACAUGUUGCUAAACCUACAUCAAAACCAAGUGCUACAACAUCGGAGAACAUGACGACUGACUUCUAAACUUGUUAAUGUAUUGACAUACUGUGUUUAUUUAUGUAUUAUUGUGGUUAAAUAGAUGUCUUCGGUCCUAUGUCGCCACGUCUAUUUUCGUAUGCGCAGGUCAUGUUAAACUGUUAUUUCAAGGCCAGACAGUAAUACUGGCUUCCAUCACGACGAGAGUAUCAAGGGAGAGAACUAUGUGACUCUUUAUUUGUGAACGACUAGCAGUAGACUACUGAUUAUAAGUUUGUUGAAGGAGAAUUCUCGCUGCCACUCAUUGUAGUAAUACAUUAUGAAACAGAUAAGAAACAAUCAUCCAAAAGGUUCAGUGCUACACAAAAUGUGUUUGUCAUGUUAAGUUGUGAGCACUGUUUAUUCUAGUCAGUCAGUUCUAAAAUCUGUCCGACGCCCAGUCCCUGGCCAUGGCCAGAGACUGGACAUGGGAUGGACAUGCCUGGACCUCUUUUGGAUAUAGGCAUGUUAAUAAAAUUAAAAGAAAGAAAGUUCUAAGAAUAUGGAAUAGACAUACUAGUCCUGCUUGAUUAUUGUUCGUGGCUAUCCAAUCAUAAUUACAACUUACAUUUCAAAACACUAUAUAUGAAUAUAGUAAGUAGGUUUAACUAUUGGUUACAAACCGCAACAGUCAUUAAAAAUACAUGAGUAUUCAAAAUAUUAGCAAUCACACCACCAAACGUGUUAAAUCUAUAUGGUAGGCAAGAAUGUUUCGUGUAGCUGAAACAAAAGACAAUAGUACAUUGUUAUAUAACAGUAAUUUCGUUUGAACUUUUAAAUAUGUUAAUUAUUUUAAUCAUGUGUUGUAACCCCAGGGUGGGCAUGUUCUAAUAUUACUGUUGCUGAUAAAUGUGUGUAAGGGUCACCCUGAUAUUACGAGUGUAUUUUCAGUUAUAUACUCGUAUAAAAAAAGAAACAGUGCAAUGUUGGCAUUGUCAUUUAGGCGAUGUAUCAGCAAUAACCUUAUUACUCUCAAAGAUUUUUCUUCUCCUUCGUCUUCUUCCUCUUCUUCUUCUUCUUCUUCAGAUUUGUGACAUUUUAAUAAGAUACAAUUACAUAUAUAUGCCUUUCGUAUUUGCAAGACUAAGUUUGUCAUUUUUACAUAUUAUUUACAUCAGUAACAUUGUACUCUAUUUGACCAUGCAGUUUCUUUGUUCAGUGACUAUACAUUCAUCUUGAAUUGCUAUAAAAACACACUGCACUCAUCAUAAAUUCAUAGUUUUAGGUAUAAUUAGUGUUGAGCAAAACGAACUGCUGUCAUGUGAGUUGAUGUUAAUAUUGUACAUACAUUUUAUGUUGUAGUUAGUUUUUGUGCUAUAAUGUUUGCAGUGGGGACAAAAUUAAGAUUUAAAAAAACAAUGCAAAUACUGUACAUAAUAAUAUGAGUGAGUUUAGAGAAUAGAGAAGUCCCAAUUAAGUUAUUUUCAUUUCAUCAUCAUUUGCGUAUGAUAUUCCUUGGAAUGAAAGGGCGUGUUGGCAACAGGGAAUAUGUAAUAACAAGAAGGUAAUAAAUACAUUGUUAAAUGUUAAUGGUUUAACGAAUAGUAGGCGGAAGGCGGAGCGUGUUGACUAGUUUUAACUAAGUUAUGAUUACUAUCAAUAUUUGUACGAUGGGUCUGCCCAAAUGGUAAAAUAAGGCUGGGAGCGUGCUAAGUCACUGUGUUUAAAAUGGUUCGUUUUUAAGCGUCACGCCAUAAGCUGACUUAAUGGACUUAAAUCGAUAUUAGGAGAAGACAUGUAAAUUGUACAGAUAAGUAUACAAAAUCGUAUGCAAUUCAUUGUUUGUAUCAGCUGAAUAUAUGCUUUGUAUUAUAAGUUUGAUAGCGUGUAUUUUCGUGUGAACUGAGUCACCAUUGUGUUUCAUAAUAAGUUUUCUGUGAUGGUUUUUUAAUGUGCCUUAACCACAUCCGAAUACAUGUGUUUUGGGAAUAUAAUGUCAAUAGGCCUAACUAAAAUUAUAACUUUCCUGUCUUGGACAAAGGGGCCGGCCAAGGCCGGCUCUUGUGCCCACGACAGGCGUGCGCUACAACAGCUUGUUCUGAAUGUGCACGUAAAACCCUAUGACCUGACCUGACCUAACUAAAAUUAUCGUUUUGUACUUAAACUGGAUUAUUAUUUUCUCUGGGCAAAGAAAGUAUCCCGCAAAAGGUUUUCGAAAAAGUACCUUCUUACGUGUGGAUAUUUUUAAAUACUAAAAUUGACAUGGUUAAGAUAUAUGUAAAAAAAAUAUAUAUAUUUAAAAAUGACAAGUUAUAUAAAACCUGUAAAAACCAAUUGUGGCUUUAUUAGUGUCCAAUUUGUUUUCUCGCAGUAUAUUCCUAGAACACAUCUAUGUACGUUUUAAUAAUUUUAUAACAGAAAUAACUUGUAAAUAAAACUAACGAUGUCUGUUAUAUUUAUUUAUAUAUGACCGUGUAUAUAGUCCAUAAUACAUGGCUGUAAUAGUGGUUUUUCAGUGCAUGAGUUUAAAAAUAACCAAUAGCAUUUAAAAGCCACCAUUUCAGGUUGUAUUUCCUAGUGAGUGUGUAUAUGUAUUAAUAAAUAUUUGUUUAUUCCAAGUAUGUUAUUGCCAUACCUACUUGUGGUUCGUAGUAUGUAUCCAUUAGCCCAAUUGCUAAAAAAUGUACUCGUUCUGGAAUCCCAACAAUAUCUGUUAAAUACGUCUAAUCGGCAACCUGUACACAAGGACCACUGCCUUAAGCGCACGAUACUUCUGUGCGGUUUUGGUGAGACCUCUAUGACCAUUAAAUUACAAACAGCAUUCGUGCCUUCCCAUAGGACUACAAAAUAAGUUAAAAGUAAAACGUUUGUUUUGUUAAACAACACCACUAGAGCACAGUGAUUUAUUAAUCAUCGGCUAUUGGAUGUCAAACAUUUGGUAAGUUUGACAUAUUAUAAUCUUAGAGGGGAAACCUGCUAUCUUUUCCCAUCAGUAGCAAGGGAUAUUUUAUAUGCACCAUCUCACAGACAGGAUAUACCAGUCGUGGUGCACUGGCUAGAACGAACAUAAUAAGUAGAUAUUUACUGGUCGUUUAGGUAUAUUACAACUUCGAAUCCAAGAAUUUACGAGAAAACCCGAAUGUGCUUAAAACAAGAAAGAUUAUCUUAUAUACAAACUUCAUUAUUUUAUUUUCAAUUUUGUAUUUUUUAAAAAUCUUGUAGUAAUAGUUUUGCAAAUGUAAUCACAAUAAUAUAUUGAAUCUUGCUUAAAGGGCAAAAUGCAAUAGUCCUUUUUUGCGUAAAUACAUAGCUUUAGUAUAUUGCUGAAUGAACGAAAUGAGAUAUACACGUAGAUUUUGUUUAAUGAAUUGCUAAUUUAUUUGUGUUGUUUGAGCAAGCAGAAAUACCCGAUUCGGGAUUGUUAUAUAUUUAAUAACAGUGUGAGCUGACGCUCCUCACUUGGUGUUUUUCCAAGAAGGAAUAAAGUAUAAAAACUAC